UCCACAAGUCCCUCACAUUUGCAGUGUCUGCUCUUGCAACUCGUCUCUACAACAUUACCAUGAAGGUUCUCGCAAUUGUUGCUCUGUUUGGUGCCAUCGUGGCAUGUCAAGCUUAUCGUAAAAAGGGAUACGGAUACAGUGGUUAUGGAGGUGGCUAUGGAGGCGGCUAUGGCGGCCUAGGUGGUUACGGUGGCGGUUAUGGCGGUUAUGGUGGGGGCUACGGUGGUAAUGUUGGCGGCUAUGGCGGUUAUGGCGGUUACGGCGGCGGUUAUGGCGGAUACGGUGGCGGCCUUGGUGGUUACGGUGGCAGUUAUGGCGGUCAUGGCGGCGGAUACGGUGGCCUUGGCGGUUACAGUGGAAGUUAUGGCGGCGGCUACGGUGGCGGCUACAAAAAAUUGGGUUAUGGCGGCUAUGGCGGUUACGGUAGCGGUCUUGGCGGUUACGGUGGCAGCCUUGGCGGAUAUGGUGGCGGCUAUGGCGGCGGAUACGGAGGCCUUAGCGGUUACGGUGGUGGCUAUGGCGGCUACAGCGGCGGCUACGGUGGCGGCUACGGAGGCGGUUUUGGUGGCGGCUACAAAAAAAUGAGUUAUGGCGGCUUUGGCGGUUACGGUGGCGGUCUUGGCGGCUACGGUGGCGGUCGUGGCGGUUAUGGUGGCGGUUAUGGCGGCGGCUACGGCGGCAGUUACGGCGGCGGUUACGGUGGCGGCUACGGAGGCGGUUACGGUGGCAGCUACGGUGGUCACGGUGGUCACGGUGGCGGCUAUGUGCGACACCAUGGGCAAAAAUACUAAACACAUGCACCUGAAAUCCAUUGACACCAGUCCUGUUUUACUAUGUUGCAAUAAUAAAUACUAAAUAACUACA